GGAUCCGGUCUCUGCCACAGCCAGCGUUGGCUGUGGCGAUGUCAACCAGAUGUUUUCAGCAAGGGAGCCCAGCGGAGCAUCGAAGGACGGGAGGAGAAUAAGUGGGGAGCCGGCAACGGGAAGCAGGACUAGUUUUGGGGGACCCCAACGGAUGCAUGAAAGUGAACCCCUGCAAGUGCCUGAUGAAGGACGGCUCGGGGGUCGUCAAUCUGGCUGCGUUAGGAGACAUGGAGGGUUUUCUGAUACGGGACAGGAAGGUGCAACGUGAAGUGGAAGGGAAAAGAAUAGAACAGUCGGUGACCUUCAGCCCGUGCCACCCUUUCACCGAACCCAUGGCGCUUCUGAACUGCUCCCAUGUGGCGGUGUGUGUCGUGUCCAGAGAUCUAGAGGCGAAAGGAAGUGCCCCCCAGUACACGGGAUUCGGGAAGCAUGACGGCAAUGAGUUCAUUUACAGCAACGAGAGCAAAAUGUUGUCGGUCACAUACAGAGCUUCACAGGAGAGUCCAUUGAGAGCAGUCGUUCACUUUAACUGCAGCCCGGUCUCUUCGAUCAGCUUCCCCCUGAUGGAGGACAUUACUGAGGUCCUAGAGAUCUCUGUGGAGAGUCCAUGUGCUUGUCCCAGCAGCUGCCAGGCUGAAGACGUGGGCCCAGGGAACAUCAUCCUCAUCAUGUUUGCGGGGUCACUAACGGCGUACUUCCUGUUUGGUGCUUCUUCCCUGCGCUCCAUGCAGACAACAGAAGGAAGUUCUGUCACCCCUGAACCUCGUAUCUGGUGCGGGAUCUGCUGCUGUUUCAGGAAAAAUCGGGAAACCAUCUUGACAGACAAUUGUCAUGAAGACGACUCCAUAGAUUAUUUCAACGUAUAGACUAGAUUCCAAAUGACAAGCGCAGAAGAAAGUUGUACAUGGCAGCUGCAAUACCAGACACAGCCUAAUGAUCAAAGGGGCGCUG